AGAUGUCACCCAUGUGCCCAUGGGGGCGUUGUUGAUGCCAGAAAGAGCAGAUCCGCCGGAAGCGUCAGCCCACACGACCACCGCCCCGGCGAACGUGACAGACAGGGCCCAGUUACUCUAGCGAAAAUGGGUGUUACCGUUCACGUCUUAAAGCCAGGAGACGGCGUGAACUUUCCGAAGAAAGGCCAGAACGUCACCGUGCACUACGUCGGCACGCUGACAAACGGCGAGAAGUUUGACUCCUCCCGGGACCGAGGAAAGCCAUUCAAUUUUAAGAUCGGCGUUGGGCAGGUCAUUCGCGGUUGGGAUGAAGGUGUAGCUCAGAUGAGCAAGGGGCAGGUGGCGCGCUUGACCUGCACGCCGGACUAUGCGUACGGCAGCAGGGGGCACCCUCCCGUCAUCCCAGCCAACGCCACUCUGCUUUUCGAUGUGGAACUCAUUGACGUUUGAGUGUUUUUCUCGUGAUAAUUUUAUCCCCAAGCCCCACCCCCGCCCCGCCUCCCUCACUUCGACCUCAUCUGCCACAAAUGAAGAUGCUGUCAGGGGCCUUUACAGUCAUCAAUGUUCUCCUCCCCCUUUAUGAUCUGACGCGCACCGUCCAACAAUUCUUCUGUUUGUCAACUGGAUAAUGUAGUGGAGCAGGGUUUGUAUUUAAAAUUGACUUAAAACUCAGGUGCCCAUCUGAACAGAAUUACAGUAUCAAGAGCAGCUCAUGUCAUUCCACAGUGCCAUCGAUUAGCCGUAGAUCAAUGCCACUCGGGUGUCUUUGUUAGCGCAUUUAGUUUCCUGCGCAGGCAACCGCUAUAAGUCGUCCCAUGCUUGUGUUCUUGCAUUCAAAAUGAGUUCACCGUAUGGAUGCCUACGUUGUUGUCCUCAGGAAAUCCGAAGAGGUUGAUCAUGAUGUUUGCAUAUGGCCCACAGGUUUGCCCCCCCCCACCCCCCAUAAUUAAAAAUUGAAUUUGA